AUGGCAACAAACACUACUGAGUCGUGGGCCCCUCCUCGUGGGUCAUAUUCUGAUAAUGAAUUGGCUUCAUGGUUUUUCACAGCCCCAGCUCUUCUUGUUGGAGCUUACUGCCUGUCUUUUGCCUGGUCCAGUAUCUUUGGGUACAAGUUUCCAGUCUUUGGUGUGAAGUCACUAUGGGAGCCAAUUGUGGUGUCCAACUUCAGGUUCUUUCGCAGUGCGGAAGAAGUUUUGCAAGAGGGUUAUCGCGCAUGUAAGGAUAAAGUCUUCCAAUUUCGCCGCGCUGACACGGAUAUGUUGGUUUUGCCUCCGAAAUAUGUCGAUGACAUUCGGAAACUGCCGAAUCAUGUUGCCAGCCCGACGGUAGCUCAUGUCCAUAAUUUGAUGGGCUCAUCAACCAAUAUGCAUAUUAUUUUGCGCAGCAACUUGCACUUCCGCACACUGCAGCUAAAGCUUACUCCCAACCUGAAUGCCUUGACACGUCCUAUGCAAGAUGAGGUUAACUAUGCCAUUGAGCAUGAACUCACAGACUCAGAAGACGAGUGGGUAACAAUCAAGCCGUACCACACAGUUCUAGACUUUGUUGCUCGUGUUAGUGCCAGAAUCUUUCUCGGAUUACCAAUCUGUCGUAACCCAGAGUGGCUAGAGGUCUCAACCCAGUUCACAGAAAAUGUAUUCAUCUCACUUGUCUUCCUCCGCCUAUUCCCGAUGUGGACACAUGGGAUUCUAAACUGGCUCAUGCCUUCCGCAUACAAGGGCUCCGCAUAUGUCAGGAAGGCAAAAAAGCUUCUCAUUCCAGAAAUUCUCCGCCGACGGGAAGACGAGAAACAAGCACAAGGAAAUGAGGAAGAGAAAGAUGAUAAACUUAACCUCCUGUCUUGGAUGAUGGAGAUUGCCACACCAGAGGAGAGUGAUCCUGCAUCUUUAGCGCAUCUUGAAGUUGUGAUGUCUCUUGCCUCGAUCCAUACCUCACAAAUGAACGCAGUCCACGUGCUGUACGAUCUUCUCGCACAUCCAGAAUACCUUGACCCUAUUCGUGAUGAGAUUCGCGCUGUGAUUAAUGAAGUUGGCCCUUGGAUGUCUUGGGAGAAACCUGCAUUUUCCAAGCUACGCAAGUUGGACUCAUUUAUGCGUGAAUCUCAGAGAUUCAAUCCUCCAACACUCCUAUCUAUGCACCGGGUGCUUCUUGAAGAGGCGGUCUUAUCGGAUGGUAUGGUUCUACCCAAGGGUGCCCACAUUAGCAUGGCAGUCAACUCUAUUCAAAAUGACCCUGAUGUGACCCCCGAACCAGAUGUUUUUGACGGUUUCCGGUAUUACAAACUCCGUCAGCGUGAAGGUGAAUCUCAUCUCCAUCAAUUCUCGACAACCCAGGAGCGGAUCCUAAAUUUUGGUCACGGUGCCAAUGCAUGCCCCGGUCGCUUCUUUGCCAGCCUUGAGAUUAAGGUCAUUCUCGUUAGACUACUGAUGGACUAUGAGUUUAAACUGAAGCCUGAGCAUGGGAACAAACGUCCUGAGAAUUUGCGUGCUCAUGAAUUCAUCUUCCCCAAUCCUGACGCAGAGAUUCUGAUGCGUCGGCGUCCUGUGUCGGAGCGUCUAGAGCUCUAG